UUUCUUCUCCAAACCCUCCCCCCAUAAAUCCCCACAGCAAAUUCUCUCUCCCUCUCUUGUAAAAGGAAGAGAGAGAAAAUCCCCUAAAAAAAAUUCAAUUGGGGAAUUCACAGAAGAAAAAAUGGAGAGAGACGAGGAUGAGAUGAGGGGGGAGAUAGAGGAGCAGCUGGUGAACGAGGAGUACAAAAUUUGGAAGAAGAACACCCCCUUUCUGUACGAUCUGAUUGUCACCCACGCGCUCGAGUGGCCGUCGCUCACCGUCGAGUGGCUCCCCGGCCGGGAGGAGCCGCCGGGAAAGGAUUAUUCCGUCCAGAAGAUUAUUCUCGGUACCCACACGUCGGAGAACGAGCCCAAUUAUCUGAUGCUUGCGCAGGUUCAGCUUCCCCUCGAUGAUUCUGAGAACGAUUCCCGCCAUUACGACGAAGAGAUCUCUGAAUUCGGUGGAUUUGGUUGUGCUAGUGGAAAGGUGAAAAUUACCCAGCAAAUAAAUCACGACGGGGAGGUCAACCGAGCCCGUUCCAUGCCCCAAAACCAAUUCAUUAUCGCCACAAAAACAGUUAGUGCAGAAGUUUUCGUAUUCGAUUACAGCAAACAUCCCUCUAAACCUCCUGCAGAUGGUACAUGUAACCCUGAUUUGAGGCUAAGGGGUCAUAAUACAGAAGGGUACGGUUUAUCGUGGAGUCCAUUCAAGCAAGGUCAUCUAUUGAGCGGCUCAGAUGAUGCUCAAAUAUGCUUGUGGGAUAUAAACACAACUCCGAAGAAUAAAACUCUCGAAGCAACGCAGAUAUUUAAGAUUCAUGAAGGUGUGGUUGAAGAUGUGGCUUGGCAUAUGAGGCACGAGUUCUUGUUUGGUUCGGUUGGAGAUGACCAGUAUAUGCAUAUAUGGGAUCUUCGAAGCCCUUCGGCUAGUAAGCCUAUACAAUCUGUGGUUGCUCAUCAAAGCGAGGUGAAUUGUUUGGCUUUCAACCCGUUCAACGAGUGGGUUGUGGUGACGGGGUCGACUGACAAGAAUGUUAAAUUGUUCGAUAUGCGAAAGAUGUCUACUGCCCUCCACACCUUUAUUGGUCACAAGGAGGAAGUUUUCCAGGUUGGAUGGCACCCAAAUAACGAGACCGUUUUAGCUUCUUGUUGUCUUGGUAGGAGACUCAUGGUCUGGGAUCUUAGCAGAAUCAAUCUAGAGCAGACCCCACAAGAUAUGGAGGAUGGCCCGCCGGAGUUGUUAUUCAUACACGGAGGGCACACGAGUAAAGUAUCGGACUUUUCUUGGAACGCGUGUGAAGAUUGGAUGGUUGCUAGUGUGGCUGAGGAUAACAUCCUUCAAAUUUGGCAAAUGGCUGAGAAUAUUUACCAUGAUGAAGAUGACUUGCCUUCUGCUAACGGCUCCGCUAGAAUUUCCUAAUUUUCGUUUAUUUUUUCGUCUCUCCCUAUUGAAAUAGAGUCUUGAAGGAGGUAAAGUAAUAGUUUGUUUUCUGUUUGAGAUUUAGGUAGAUGACUGAAUAAUGUAGGUUAUAUUUGUACUUGGAGAACCAUUUUUUUUCCCCCCUUUCUUUUUGUAUGUGAUGUAUUGGUAAGACUGACUUUUUAGGUA